UGCUCCGGUCCAAUUAGAAAAUCACAUGCCCAUGAUCUGGAAUAACCUAACUAUACUCCAGCUUGUAUUUAUACCGUUUCGCUUGUGUACCAAUUGAUCCGAUCUGCCAUCUCUCUCUACCGCUCAUUUCAAUUCAUCGGAUCUACCAGCUCUCUCCUAUUGCCGGCUCCUCUUCCGGCGGACGCAGUCUACACCACGCCGUUCGUCUAAUAUCCCGAGUAGAAGGCAGAGGAUAGUGUACAGAAAAAGCAACAAACAGUAGAGGAUGAGGCGUGGAGUUAGUGCUGGUGGUGGGCAGAGUUCUUUAGGGUACCUGUUUGGAGGUGGAGAAGCGGCUCCUACCAAUAAUAGAACUACUCCAGCAGCAGCAGCAGUUCAGAAAAACACCCCUCCUGCAGAUAAAGCAGUUCAGAAAAACACCCCUCCUGCAGAUAAGGUGGUUUCCACUACACCACCCCCUGCUGCUGUGGACAAUAGCAAAGUUCCUGCUGGCAUUCACAGCUCCAACGCAAACAAUUAUGUUCGUGCUGAAGGUCAGAACUGUGGCAACUUCAUUACGGAUAGGCCAUCAACCAAGGUCCAUGCUGCACCUGGUGGUGGCUCUUCACUUGGUUAUCUAUUUGGUGGUUCAGAGAAAAAGAAUUGAAGCACUUAAAAAUGUUUCUUUUUGGGAGUCGCUCUCUCUCUACCUAUCAAGAAUAUAAAUGUUCUAAAAUGUCUGAUGUCUGAACUUGAUAUUAAAUGUAAUACUUUGGUUCACUUGGAUUUGUAUUUGAUGCAUUUUGUAAUUGAUUUCUAAGUGUGAUCAUAAAAUGUUAUUACAAUGAUGAACUUGUUCCUUUGCAAUUAUUCACUCUUGUGCUCAGAUUCUGAAUGUUCACACAUGUCUGGAUGACACAACCUUUGUCACUGUGCUUUGAUUUGAUGAA